CUCCUCCUCCUCUAACUCAUCUCUUCCUCCUCCUCUCCGAGCUCGUCGUCGAGUUCUUCUUCAGAUGGUCUGGGCUCGUCGGCGUCGAGUUCGUCUCCAGACUCUCCGGGCUCGUCGGCAUCGAGUUCUUCUCCAGCCGCAUCCGGGAUCGUCGGCGUCGAGUUCUUCUCCAGCCGCAUCACGAUUUGGACUUCUAGGGUUCUAGGAGUUCUAAGAUAUGAAAUCGGUUCGAAUCUAAUUCCGUUUAAAGAAUAUUUUGACAGUCCUCAUAACCGGUGAUUUUGAGAUUAGUGCUUUCUCUUCUGGUGAUGAACAACACACCAAGUCAAAGAUCAAGAGGCGGAAGAAGCUCUCAGGCGAUGGUUCUGACGAGGAAGAUAGGGGACGGAGAACAAGUAAGGAGAAGAAAAGAAGCAGAAGUAGUAGAAAGAAGCGAGGACAUAGGAGGAAGAGCAGCGACAUUAGUGCUUCUGGGGAAGAACGUAGCAGGUCAAAGAGCAGGAGGUGGAAGAAGCUGUCAGGCGAUGGUUCUGGCACUGAUCUGAAGGCGAAACUUGAAGAAUCUGUGAAGGAGCCUGAGCUUGACGAAGAGGAGAAAAGAAGUUCAAAGAGAUGGUUAAUGAAUCAAAGAAGAAGCUCUUGAAGAUGAAGAAGAAGCUGAGGUGGGUCCAAUGCCAUUACCUAAAGCUGAAGGACACAUCAGUUACGGUGGUGCGUUAAGACCCGGUGAAGGAGACGCUACAGCACAGUACGUUCAGCUAGGGAAACGUAUCCCACAUAGAGGAGAAGUGGGUCUUAACGCUGAUGAGAUUCAGAGGUUUGAGGAUCUCGGGUAUGUCAUGAGUGGGAGUAGGCAUCAAAGGAUGAAUGCCAUUAGUAUCAGGAAGGAGAACCAGGUUUACAGUGCUGAAGACAAACGUGCGUUGGCUAUGUUUAACUACGAGGAGAAGGCUAAGCGCGAGGCUAAGGUGAUGUCUGAUCUUUCGAGGCUGGUGCAGCGCCAUAUGGGAGAGGAAUUGGGUCCGGAUCAUGACCCUUUUGGUGCUGGAAAGGCUGAUGGAGCUGACGACUGAAUGGGGACAUACAGAAGUUGCUGCUCCGGUCUGCUUUUGAUGCUUCAUACUGCUUCUUUGUCUCUUAGCUAUCUUUAGUUAUGUUUUUUUGUUACCCUACAAACGUAUGUUUCUUCAUCGUCUUUUUGUGUAGUUUGUGACCGUGUUGUAGAGACGUUUUGCUAUCUUGUUUUGGGUUUUAAUAUUGAAGGAGAUAUAACCAUGUAAUUUUUUUUUUGGCAUCAUAUAACCAUGUAAUUAUGUUUU